GCGGUGGUUUUGCGAGUAAUUUUCGCCGCUUUAAUGCAGGACGCGAUACGUUUGGGUUUGGGGGAAGGAGAGUGCCCCAGCCAGAAGACAUCUGCUUGGGAUGCGGGCAGCGAGGCCACUGGCGUUUCCAGUGUGAUCAGCAAAGGAACAGAGCCGCUCCGGCUUCAGCGCCUUUCCCAAGCUCCGCCCAACAGCAGCCACGAAACCAGUAGGGUUCAAGGCAAGCUGGUGCAUGAUAGAAAUAAUUUGAGUUUAUUUUCAGCAGAAAGUGCUAGUUUUGAUUAUGCGAGAAAUUACUUUGAGUAUGAAGAGGGCCGUGAGGAGCCUGUUGUAAAAGGAAGAUUGAAAGCGUCUUCUUCGUUUUGGGAAUCCAUUAUACAUGCGAAUCCGGAGGUGCUAAGCAUCAUAUUAGAAGGGUACAAAUUACCUUUUUAUUCUACACCACCAACAGCUAAUUUUUCCAAUAACAAAUCUGCGUUUGAACACGCUGAAUUUGUUACUACUACCAUUCUAGAUCUUGUAGGCAAGGGUUUAGUUAAAGAGGUGCGAUAUUGCGCCUGA